UAGAGUUGCAGAGUUUAGUAAAUCUUAAAGAACUUCGUUUGAAAAAACUUAAUGGACUAUCAAGCGUGGAGGAUGCUCGAGCUUUAAAGCUCCAGGAUAAAAUAUUCCUGAAGUGUUUGGCACUAUGUUGGGAGUGGCGGGAUAUGGAAGUUGCAUUAGGUUUUGAUGCAAUAUUAUUACAUGAGCAGGUAUUGGAAGACCUUCAGCCUAACCUAGCUUUAAAGAAAUUAGAAAUUGUUUCUUAUAUGGGGAAGAAACUCCCGAGCUGGAUGGCGUGCAAACAAGGAUAUUUAAAGGAUUUGACGGAGAUCAAGCUCGUCAAUCUCAGGAAAUGUGAAAGGCUACCACCGCUUGGACAACUACCUGAGCUUGAGAUUGUUGAGAUAAGUGGCAUGGAUUCAAUUAGUGCAGUGGAUGAUGCAUUCUACGGUGACUGUGACGGUGACACGUUUCCUAGAUUGAAAACACUCAUUUUCUCAGAAAUGCCUAUGCUGGAGAGAUGGCUGAAGGCAAAAGGUGAAGGUGACGUGUUCCCGAGGCUUGAGACGUUGAUACUAAUCCAGUGUCCAAAAUUCAAGGAAUUGGAUGUGCGACCAUCAUCAAGAAGGGAAUUCCUUAGACUUGAACUAUGGUUGAAUAAUGACAAGUUGCUGAGCUCUGAAUUUGUAGGUUGGCAGAACCUUGUACAUGUCUCUGAGUUGGAGAUAACCGGGUGUCAAGAGCUGAGGUGCUUACCACAGGGAAUCAAGCAUCUCAAGCACCUUUAUCGUUUGGAGAUUAUCCGAUGCAACAAUUUGAUCUCUUUGCCGGAUUGGUUGGCAGAACUCACAAUUUUUUAUCCGUCGAAAGAACACAGAGUUCCUAUUAACUUGGUUGUACGAGAUUGCAUCAUGCUGUCAUUCAUUCCCGAGAGGCUCAAACAAUCGCCCUAUAUUGACAUGACGAUUGAAGGCUGUCCAAAGUUGGGGGUCUAACCGGCAAAGCAUAUUGUCCAUCCGUCUUCUUCAUCGAUUUGCAAGUGUGUGUGUGUGUGUGUGUGUUGACCCAAGUGAAGUCAUCCAUCCAUGGGAGGCAAUCCUUCUUAAUCUAAUAAUGUAUGUAUGCCCUCCAACUCUCUCUCUCUCUCUCUCUCUCUCUCUCUCUCUCUCUCUCUCUCUCUCUCUCUCUGGUAUAAUAAACUUGUUAAUGUUUGCAUCUCACUUCCACAUUUGCUCUGCUCUGAUAGUAUUGGUUUACAUCUCACUUCAAUCAUUUUUUGACGUUAGCAAGUACGUAAUUUGCCGUUUCUAAGAUUGCUUGCAAGACUAAUAUGAACUUACUAACCUAACACAAUAAAAUUGUAGCAUAAAAAUUAAUCUUCAUACUUCCCUUUCGAUCAGAAUGCGGCGCCUACAUAACUACUACACGAAAUACGUCAUCUAAAAAAGAUUAUUGUCUCACAACACAUUUUCAUUUAUUCAGCCAUGUUAAAUAGUCUCCACCCCCAAAAUUAAA